AUGCCGAAAGAGACUUCGACUCGCUUUUCCCCAGAUGCCGGAGCAUGUGAGAUCACCUUGAAUCGACCUGCAAAACUCAACGCCUUGAAUCUGGACAUGAUCCGCUGCCUACAUAGGGCCUUGGACCAAGUGGACGAGAAAACUGGGAAGGUGGGUUGUUUGAUCAUGGCCGGAUCUGGCGGCAAAUCCUUUUGUGCCGGUGGUGAUGUUCAGAUGAUCCGAGAGGAGGGACUCCGUGGAGGUUCACUUCCAGCAGAUUUUUUCUUUGAGGAGUAUGGUGUGAUGUUCAGAUUGGCCACGCUCUUCGAGCGAACGGGCUGUUGUCAGGUGAGUCUUCUGGAUGGCAUCACCAUGGGCGGUGGCGUCGGCCUUUCCACCCAUGGCCCUUUUCGCAUCGUCACGGAGAAGACCCGCUUCGCCGCGAUGCCGGAGAUGGCCAUUGGACUCUUUCCAGAUGUAGGCGCCACCCAUUUGCUGAGCCAUCUGAAGGCCGGCAGCAACGUAGGACGCUUCCUGGCGAUGACGGGGACAAAUCUCGCUGCCUGGGAUUGCCUUCGGGCUGGUGUUGGAACACACUUCGUGCCAUCCUCUUGCGUUCCAAAGCUCCGGAAGGCUUUACUCAGCAGGUUCAAGUCGAAGCUCAUUGGCCAGGAGGCCAUGAAGCUUUGCCAGGAAAUCAUCAAAGAGAUCGCUGCUGGUCGGCAAGCCUCAAGUGCUGACUGUGUGUUGGCGGACGACAACGUCGAGGUGAUCAACAGGUGCUUCAGUGCUCCCUCCGUGGAGGAGAUAAUCUCUCGUCUGAAGACGGAGACUGGCGAUUUUGCAGUGCUUACUUUGCAGAAGAUGUUCCAGUCUUGUUCACCAACCAGCUGCAAAGUGACACUGCGAGCCAUGCAACAAGCUGCUACGAUGAGCAUUGGUCCAGUGCUCCAGAUGGAAUACCGUUUGUCGCAACGUUUCACCACAAGGCCGCAACCGAUGUCAGACUUUUUCGAAGGCAUCAGAGCCGUGUUGGUGGAGAAGGAUCGAAGACAGAAGUGGAAUCCGAGCUGGGAUGCUUUGCACGAGAUUACGGAGGAAAAGGUGGACAUGUUCUUCUCGCCUUUGGAAGAGGGACACCGCUGUGGAGAGCUUCCCACUGAGGACCUUUGGGCCUUCUGUCAGGAGAAGCGAGCACCUUUUCCGGAGGUGGAAUUGAAAUCCAAGCUCUAA